UAUUGCCAUAUAUCUGAACAGGAAGCUGACUGUAAGAGCCACAGGGUGAACAGAGUGGUGUUUCUGGGUAACAUGAAGCGCCUGGUGACCACCGGAGUCUCUCGAUGGAACACUAGACAAGUGGCACUGUGGGAUCAGGAGGACCUGUCCAUGCCCAUCAUAGAAGAGGAGAUUGAUGGGCUGUCUGGGCUGCUCUUCCCUUUCUAUGAUGCUGACACACACAUGCUCUACCUGGCAGGCAAGGGAGAUGGUAACAUCAGAUACUAUGAGGUGGGCACAGAGAAGCCCUACCUGCAGUACCUAAUGGAGUUCAGGUCCCCGGCUCCACAGAAAGGCCUGGGAGUGAUGCCAAAACAUGGGCUGGACGUGGCGGCCUGCGAGGUGUUCCGCUUCUACAAGCUGGUGACUCUGAGGGGCCUCAUCGAGCCCAUCUCCAUGAUAGUCCCACGAAGGUCCGAGACAUACCAAGAGGACAUCUACCCUAUGACAGCAGGCACAGAACCAGCCCUCACUGCAGAUGAGUGGCUGAGUGGGAUGGACAGAGAGCCAGUGUUGAUGUCCCUAAAGGCUGGAUACAAGCGGCCCUGCCAGAAGGCCUUCAAGGCCCCUGUGAGGGAGAGGAAGACCAUGGUGAUGAAUGGCCUGCUGGAGAGUAUUCCACCCAAGACAGAGAACGAGCUCAUGCGGAUGUUCUUCAGGCAGCAUGAUGAGCUAAAGAGGUUGAGAGAGGAGCUGGUGCAGAAAGACGUUAGACUCCAACAGCUGGAGCUGGAGCUCAACAACCUGCGGAACAACGGCAACAAACUGUGACCUUUGACCUGGCUGACCCCUGACCUCCCCACUCUGACCUCCUGCACACUCAGGGAGAGAGACCAAUGGUGGCCAACUCCCUUCCCUUCUUCCCGAAGUGUGCACCCGGGUGGAAACUCCCUCUGUCUAGUCCAUGCGGGGUCCAGUGAGUGAGCUAGUGCUCACUUCUGGGAGAAGGGUAAGGAAUCGGAAGGCAACCUCUGUCACACUGUGUCCCUCACCCUGAGAGCGGGUCACCAAGCCCUGAACACUAACAAAAAUAUACCCAGCACCACCCUACCUGGCUGCACCUCUUCAUCCCUUCUCCACGUUCCAAAGACCUUCACCCCCUUCAGCAACAGAACCUUAGUAUAUCCCUAUUCAGCCAAAGCACCAAAACCAACUGAGGUAGAUAGCUCUGCUUAGAAUUUACUCAAGCUGACAGAAUCAGUUAUGUGGGGAGUGAAGCCAUUGUUUCCCUUUAACUUCAAGCAGGCUCUGUCCUCGUGAAAUGUCAUGUCUUGCGACUUGAAGGCCCUUGAGUAUGAGGACUUGUGAGGACUGUAGUUGCAUAGGAGGGGUAUUGCAGGUGUAUCGCUGGGUUGAGCAUGUGUAGUCUGUAGUCUCUCCAGUGGUCCUAUCUGAGGAUGGGGAAAGCGAUGAGGCAAUAGAGUGGUAACCAGGCCUAUUCAAACAGAUGGCUUGUCUAGUGCUAUUCAUCCCAUACAUUAUUUAUCCUAUUAUUUAUGACGAAUCUGCGAUAGAUCUUCAUAUUUUCACUUUAUAGUUACAUAUUGCCAUUAAAUGAAUAUUCAGAAUUUUUUUAAAUACACGAGCGCCAUGUUAGAUGAAUGGCAAAAACAGACUUUAAAGCCAUAUUGGGGGACAAAUCUUUGCUGACUUGGUAGCAGGUUGACCACAACAUGAACAUGACUGAGGCAUUCCCAAUGUUGAAGGGACCACUGAGGGAUGUGUAUAUGCACCUCGACCACUGAGGGACCAUGUCCUCAGAGAUGUCUGUAUAAAGUCGUUAGAGAUGCUAGUAAUUCAUGUUAGCCACACGUAGCUACUGUAUGAACAGUCUGUGGUCAUGUGUGACUACAGAUCAGAGGUAACUAGCAACUGCAAACACGUAUUAUUUGACUGUAUAAUACAGUAUGCCUGUAACCGCAACGAUACUGGUAUAUUUAUAUUGUAGUACAUGAAGAUAGAAUGAUAGGAGAGAGUAUUUAUUGCAAGUUAAACAAAUAAUGUGAUGCAUAGAGAGAAAAGUGACAGGGUAAGUGUAUUAGGGAUAUAGACAUAGGCAGCAGUGGGGAUUAGUAAGGUACCCAAGGUAAAUGUAUGACUGCUAGAGGAUGUUAUUUCUUAAUGACUGUAACAUAAUAUCAUAUUAUGUCUUCCUGAAGUUGCCCCUCUCCCUAAAUAAAUUCAUUGACACCA